AUCGCUCGGUCGAUCCACGGAAGCUUCUGGCAGAUUUCCGCGGGGGCUUAUCCGGGCUGGCCUUUUCCCUCCCGGCUGCAGAAGGGGUAGGCGUUCUUAUCUCUAGGCCGUGCUUGCAGUCGGUAAUGGGGCAGGGAGCACUCGUCCAGUGCCAGGAAGGGCUUCCCAAGGCGGGCAGUUUGUGCUCUCUCAGGCUGGAGGGGUGGCUGCAGCGGGCCCGGGUGGGCAAGUGUCAGUCUCUGUUACACGUGUACAUUUCAUAUCGAUGCCUGCUCAGAUGUCACAGUUAAUUGGAGAAAGAAUUCUGGCGUGGAGAAGAAGUCUGUCUUUACCAUUGGUGGGCCUGAGGAGCCUCAGCACAAUGUGAAGCUGAGCCCCACAUAGCCCAUGAAAAUGGAGCAUCAUGUCAUUGUGGGGAAGGGUGCAGGAGGUGGGAGGCUUGUCUCAGCUGUGUUUCAUGCCCCACAGUUUAUCGUUAGUGAUAGGUUAGGCCUUAGUACUUAGAGGUGACAUACCUCAGGCAAAGAGAAGAUUUCAAACUUCAAACUGCAGAAAAAUGAGCUGGAGUGCUCUUUUGAGUCACCCAAGCUUGCCUUUUUCGUCAGUCCACUAUGCAGGCUUUAAGGUUUCUUUUUCUUCACUUACAUAUUUAUUCAACAUAAAUAAAUGUUGCAUUGCAGCUUUUGAUGGAGACAGCUGGAGGCUGUAGGAAGACGCAUGCCAGAGUGAAUCCCAGUCCCCUGAGACAACUGCAAGAGGCAGAGCCUCACGUGGCCAAGCAGCGCUCAUCACAGGCACGGCACCGGGCUACGCUGGCAAACCUCUUCAGCAGUUUGCAGGAAGCUGUUUUGUCCCGGUCAGGCAGUUCAGCAUCAAAGUAUCAGGUUUUGCGUAAGGCCAAGAAAUCUAUCCAGAAGCUGGAGCAAACCUUGGGUUCUUUGCUGAAGAUGAAAGCAGAAUCCUUCAGUCUGGAGGAUUGGAAUCCAUCUGGCUUGGAGGAACUCAGGGAGGAAUAUGUCAAGAGGCACUUCAGCAAUCACAGCAGUGCAGCAGCCUCCGAAGCUGUAAGUGAGACUGACUCUUCUGUCUCGUAUUUGAUUCAAGAAUGUGAAAAGCCAACGCUGGAAGAGGAUAGGAAGCCAGAACUGAUCCAGUCUUCAGACACUUCAUCCCCAGAUCUAGUGGAAUUUGAACGAUACCUGUAUUUUUAUAAGCACACAGUGGAUCUACUGAUAGAGCAUGGAAUUGUUUGCACUGAGGAGGUGCCUCUUCCUGAGGUAUCCACGGCUAUUUCCCACCUCUGGCAAGAGCUUUCAGAAGACAGGAGAGACAGCAUCUUGCAGUACUGUAGCCAGAGAGAUUUCCUCAUGGAUCCUAAGGCUGCUUGCCAGGAGCCUGCAUGCACUGAAGGUAGUGUGAGGGACAGUCGAGGUAACAGUGAGGAACCCAGUGAUUCCUCAGUCUCCACACCAGAGGAAGUAAUGUUUGAAGAUGCGUUUGAUGUUGCUGCUGGUUUCCUUGACAGAAGUGAGACUCAGGGAAUGUCUAGCCAGAGUUCAGCAUUUGCAAGCUGCACUUACGAAAAUCCAAAGGAUCACCACAUGCUCUAUCUGCAGACCACUGACUUCCUGAAAAAACUCUUCUUUGCUGAUACACAGUUUUGCCAGAGCUGAUGAGGUGAUGGGUUUUAUUGCUGCUCAACAUAUGCCAGUGCUAUGUUAUGCCAUUUCUGUGUAACUGUCCAGGUACAAAGUAUUACUGUUGCAUUGUGUAUAUUCAGGAUUUUGUAAUCUCAGAUCCACUGAGCACAGCCUUUCUUGAGCUGCUGUCCUGGCUCUCAAGGCUGCCAAGGGCAUGCACCCCAUUGGUACAAAAAGCUUGAGAAAGACUUUUGCACAAGAGGAGAGACUAAAUCAUUUGGACAAGGAUGGGGCGGACUCUUAAAAGGAUAGUGACCCAAAAAUGAGAACAGGAGCAUACUUCCAUCAUAGAUGGUAGAGAAAUAUUUCUGAGUGUGAGAUUAAAGCCGUCUUGUCAUUUUUCGAGAGCUGUUGUCUUAAGGUCACAUAAGAGAUGUUUAGCAGCAAAAGUAGUAAAGAAUUAGUUUAGAUUGAGAUCCAAAGGUUUUACAGUAUCUAAGUAAAAAUCUGAGGGUCUUUUCUAAAUGGCACUGAGAGCUUUUGCUUCUUCGAAGGCCCAAUUUCUGUUAAAACUACAGAUUCUUAGGUGAGACACUUAAAAAACAAGUUGGAUUUAGUGCUCCUUACACUAUUCAUUUUUUAAAUGGCACCUAUUUUUAAAAAGUAGUUUUGCUCUAAAGAGUCUUGCAUCAGUGCAGAAGGUGGAUUAGAUGGAAUGCAGGCAUGAACACCUUUAUCUCCUACACUUACAUUUUUCUCAAGAGCCACUUUCUCUCUUUAAGCUGGUGAAAGACAAAACUAUUUCCUGUUGUUGCUAAAAGAGCAGCAAAGCCUGAAGUCAGUAGAAAUUAAGGGCUCACAAAGAAGCUCUCAUAUCUUCAGAGCCUGUUAUGUGACCCACUUGCUACCACACUCGGGCCCAGUUGUCUAAAUGACAUUGAUAGACACAGGGUGGAGCCCUGUGAUUUUAAAAAGAAAUUGAUUGAAGAUUUGAGCUAUUCUUCAUCUGGCACCUCAGGCACCUGGCAAGUGUUGGUUGCUGAUUCAGAGGAGGGCUCAUGACACAUCAGCUGGCACAUGUCAGCACUUGACCAACCCACUGUAUAUUUGAAAUUCAAUCAACUCCUGUAGUUUUUAACCCUGCUUGACUUUGGGGGGGGGGUGUUUCAGGAAGAAGAUCUUCAGUUUGAUUAUGAGACUGUCAUGCUGAGGUGCACCGAGACCUUCGACGAUGAAGAUUUCUAAACAGUUUCUCUGUUUGCUAAUGUUUUGCCAAGCAUUUCUGGGUACACCAAGAGACUGCACCUCUUUCAGUGAAACACCUCUCUCAGCAGAGUGUGGAGAUGCUGUGUUAAAGUGGUUUGUUAUGGUUAAUUUCCCAUUCCCUCAUGCGUGCUUCUUGGUGUAUUGGUUGAGUAAUUUAUACCUUUGUUACAGGUUUUAGAUACUUACAAAAUGUUAAGAAAUA